AUGGCUCCUCCUCCGCCGUCCAACUUGCCUCUGCCUGAGAGGCUGAAGGCCCUGGCUCAGACUUUACAAUUUGGCUGGUUUGUUGGCCACCUGACUCUACUGCUUUCCGUCGCCCGGUACUUCCUGUCCUACUUCACCUUCAACUAUUCUUCCUCCGCCGCCCAGGUCUCCUACCGUCUCGCAUUCAUCUCCGCUGCCGCAACGUAUGGAAUUGUGGUUUACAAGGGACACAUCGCACGUGGUCGUUUGCAGGGCAGCCCUCCCAGCAUUGCCUUGAAGCUCAUUACCGAUGAAAAUGUCCAGUAUCUUGGUAUGGCCUUGUUGUGGCUGUACUCGCGCCAGGUCCCCUUGGCCCUCCUGCCAUUCAGCGUCUACUCCAUCUUCCACGUUGCGACCUACUCUCGUUCCUACCUGAUCCCCACCAUCCAGCCUCCCGCGCCCGCUGGCUCCAAUGGUCCCAAGCAGCCUCCUCUGGCGGAGACAAUCGGUCGAUUCAUCAAGCAAUACUACGAUGCUAGCAUGGGUCUCGUCGCUGGAUUGGAAAUGGCUCUCUUGAUCCGUCUGACUCUCGCGAUCCUCACCUUCUCCAAGGGUAACUUUGUCCUGUGGGCGAUCUACUUGUCCUUCUUCCGCGCACGUUACGCCCAGAGUGCCUUCGUCCAGCAGGCUGUUCGUCACAUCGUGGCGCGUGUGGACUCGUCGGUUUCUCACCAGACCACUCCUCCCGCUGUGCGUCAGGGAUGGGAGACAUUCAAGGGUGUUGUUCGCCAGGCUUACGAGGCCACUGAUCUCAACCGUGCCACUGCAGGUGCGAAGAAGCCUCAGUGA